GACGUCGGGCACGUCGACGCCGGCGCCGCGCAGCCGGGCCCGCUCCUCCUCCGCUCCGCCAGUGUCCGGCCGCGGGCCGGCCUUAGUGACUGGGGCGGCGGGCCCCGGGGCCGCGGCGUGGGGCGGGCAGGCGGACGCCGGCCGCGGGCUGCUUUCGUCGGCUCCCAAGCUCGCCCGGAGCGAGCAGCCGCCCGCGAGCCGCCGCGGAGCCUCCUCGCCCGCUCCCGCCGGCGAGCAAGAUGAUGUGCGAGGUGAUGCCGACCAUCAGCGAAGCAGAAGGCCCCCCUGGAGGAGGUGGAAGCCAUGGUUCCGGCUCCCCUUCACAGCCAGAUGCAGAUUCACAUUUUGAACAGUUGAUGGUCUCCAUGCUGGAAGAAAGGGACCGCCUUCUUGACACACUGAGAGAGACUCAAGAAACGCUGGCCUUAACCCAGGGGAAGUUACACGAGGUUGGUCAUGAGAGAGAUUCCUUGCAGAGACAGCUCAACACGGCACUUCCACAGGAGUUUGCGGCACUUACUAAAGAACUCAAUGUAUGCAGGGAACAGCUCCUUGAAAGGGAAGAAGAAAUUGCUGAACUGAAAGCAGAAAGGAAUAACACCAGGCUGCUGUUAGAGCAUUUGGAAUGCCUUGUCUCCAGGCAUGAGCGGUCUCUUAGGAUGACCGUGGUGAAGAGACAAGCGCAGUCUCCAGCAGGCGUGUCCAGUGAAGUGGAAGUGCUGAAAGCACUGAAGUCCUUAUUCGAACACCACAAAGCUCUGGAUGAAAAGGUGAGAGAGCGAUUACGAGUAGCACUUGAAAGAUGUAGUUUGUUAGAAGAGGAAUUAGGUGCCACACACAAAGAGCUAAUGAUUCUUAAAGAACAGAAUAAUCAGAAAAAAACACUAACAGAUGGAGUGCUGGACAUAAACCAUGAGCAAGAAAAUACACCAAGCACGAAUGGAAAGAGAUCUUCUGAUGGUUCUUUAAGCCACGAGGAAGACCUUGCUAAAGUAAUUGAGCUCCAAGAAAUCAUAAGUAAGCAGUCAAGGGAACAGAGCCAAAUGAAAGAACGCCUGGCUUCCCUCUCCAGUCAUGUGACAGAACUGGAAGAGGAUCUGGACACCGCUAGAAAAGAUCUCAUCAAAUCUGAAGAAAUGAACACAAAAUUGCAACGAGAUGUCCGUGAAGCCAUGGCCCAAAAGGAAGACAUGGAAGAGAGAAUCACUACUCUUGAAAAACGCUACCUCGCUGCACAGCGUGAAGCCACAUCUGUGCAUGACCUCAAUGACAAACUUGAAAAUGAAAUUGCAAAUAAAGAUUCUAUGCAUCGACAGACUGAAGAUAAAAACCGCCAGUUACAGGAGCGCUUGGAAUUGGCAGAGCAAAAGCUGCAACAGACACUGAGGAAGGCAGAGACGCUCCCUGAGGUGGAGGCGGAGCUGGCCCAGAGGGUGGCAGCGCUUUCCAAGUCUGACCUUUUGUCUUCUGGGAGCUCUGCUGCUAAGGAAGCUAAACUGUUGGAACUUACUUCCAAGCUUAGGAAGGCUGAAGAGAGACACGGCAACAUUGAAGAAAGGUUACGGCAGAUGGAAGCACAGUUGGAGGAGAAGAAUCAAGAACUGCAGCGGGCAAGGCAAAGAGAAAAAAUGAACGAAGAACAUAAUAAACGUUUAUCAGACACUGUUGACAAGCUGCUUUCAGAAUCUAAUGAGAGGCUUCAACUUCAUCUUAAAGAGAGAAUGGCUGCUUUGGAAGAUAAGAAUUCUCUAUUAAGAGAAGUUGAAAAUGCAAAAAAGCAAUUAGAAGAAACACAACACGAUAAGGAUCAGCUUGUCCUAAACAUUGAAGCAUUGAGGGCCGAACUAGACCAGAUGAGACUAAGAGGUGCUUCACUUCAUCAUGGCCGACCCCACUUGGGCAGUGUCCCAGAUUUCAGGUUCCCCAUGGCAGACGGCCACACAGACUCCUACAGCACCAGUGCAGUGCUGCGGCGCCCGCAGAAAGGCCGUCUGGCAGCCCUGCGAGAUGAGCCUUCCAAGGUACAAACUCUUAAUGAGCAGGAUUGGGAACGUGCCCAGCAAGCUAGUGUCUUGGCAAAUGUAGCACAAGCAUUCGAGAGUGAUGCUGACGUGUCUGAUGGUGAAGAUGACAGGGACACUCUCCUCAGCUCAGUUGACCUGCUGUCGCCCAGCGGGCAGGCCGACGCGCACACACUAGCCAUGAUGCUUCAGGAGCAGCUGGACGCCAUCAACAAAGAGAUCAGGUUGAUUCAGGAAGAAAAAGAAAAUACAGAGCAGCGGGCAGAGGAGAUUGAAAGUCGAGUUGGCAGUGGAAGUCUAGACAAUCUUGGUCGUUUUAGAUCAAUGAGCUCCAUUCCCCCCUAUCCUGCUUCCUCGCUUGCUAGCUCCUCCCCUCCGGGCAGUGGGCGCUCCACCCCACGAAGGAUCCCUCACAGCCCAGCUCGGGAAGUGGACAGACUGGGCGUCAUGACCCUUCCAUCUCCAGAUUCAUUUUUAAUCCAGACCUCAGGUCCCCAUCAGUCUGUAGUUUACUCAUCCACCUCCCCUCCCAGUUCCACCCCAUGCUAUAGCGAUUCUUCACAGCAUGCUCAGCCUAGUGAUUUAAGGAAACAUCGUAGAAAGUUGCCACCUUCCAGAGAAGAGGUACGAGAUGACAAGACAACCAUAAAGUGUGAAACCUCCCCGCCUUCCUCCCCAAGAGCCCUUCGGUUAGACCGGCUGCACAAAGGGGCGCUGCACACCGUCAGCCACGAGGACAUCAGGGACAUAAGGAACUCCACAGGCUCCCAGGACGGUCCCGUGAGCAACCCCAGCAGUAGCAACAGUAGCCAGGACUCGCUCCACAAAGCCCCAAAGAAGAAAGGAAUUAAGUCCUCCAUUGGCCGCUUGUUUGGCAAGAAAGAAAAGGGCCGACCUGGACAAACUGGCAAAGAAGCAUUAGGACAAGCUGGUGUUUCCGAGACGGAUAACUCAUCUCAGGAUGCCUUGGGACUUAGCAAAUUGGGGGGACAGGCUGAAAAAAAUCGUAAACUUCAAAAAAAGCAUGAAUUGCUGGAGGAAGCCCGGAGACAAGGUUUACCUUUUGCCCAAUGGGACGGGCCAACGGUUGUGGUCUGGCUAGAGCUCUGGGUUGGGAUGCCAGCCUGGUAUGUGGCUGCCUGCCGAGCAAACGUGAAAAGCGGGGCCAUCAUGUCGGCCCUGUCCGACACAGAGAUCCAGCGUGAGAUUGGCAUCAGCAACCCCCUGCACAGGCUGAAGCUGAGGCUGGCCAUCCAGGAGAUCAUGUCGCUGACCAGCCCGUCCGCCCCACCCACAUCUAGAACGACCACAGGAAAUGUCUGGUUAACACACGAAGAGAUGGAAACGCUCGCAGCCACGCCGCAAACGGAAGAUGAGGAGGGAAGCUGGGCUCAGCAGACACUCGCCUAUGGGGACAUGAACCACGAGUGGAUCGGCAACGAGUGGCUCCCCAGCCUGGGCCUACCCCAGUACCGCAGCUACUUCAUGGAGUGCCUUGUAGACGCUAGGAUGCUGGACCACUUGACCAAGAAAGACCUUCGAGGGCAGCUGAAAAUGGUUGACAGUUUUCACAGAAACAGUUUCCAGUGUGGAAUUAUGUGCCUGAGAAGGUUAAAUUAUGACCGGAAAGAACUGGAAAGAAAAAGAGAAGAAAGUCAGAGUGAAAUAAAAGACGUGCUUGUUUGGAGCAAUGAUCGAGUGAUUCGCUGGAUCCUGUCAAUUGGCCUUAAAGAAUAUGCAAACAAUCUUAUAGAGAGUGGCGUUCAUGGAGCACUUCUGGCCUUAGACGAAACCUUCGACUUCAGUGCACUGGCACUGCUGUUACAGAUCCCAACGCAGAACACACAGGCUCGUGCUGUUUUGGAAAGAGAAUUUAACAACCUUUUGGUCAUGGGGACUGAUAGAAGGUUUGAUGAAGAUGAUGAUAAAAGCUUUAGGAGAGCACCUUCAUGGAGAAAAAAGUUUAGACCAAAGGACAUUCGUGGCUUAGCUGCUGGGUCAGCAGAGACUCUCCCUGCAAACUUCCGGGUGACUUCUUCUAUGUCUUCUCCUUCUAUGCAGCCAAAGAAGAUGCAGAUGGACGUUUACCCACACUACUUCUACAGAUGAUUACGCAGCAUUUGAAUCCAACAAAGACUACAUUUUAGAAUCCAAUGGAAUCUUUAAUCUUGUUAAUACUUGUUAUAUGGACCCUAAGAUAUUUUAUUACAGAGUUUUUAAUUAGUGAAAAAUUCAUGAAUACCAUAGAGAAAAUAUUUUAGAAUUUAAUGUUUCUUAUAUUUAUGUAAACUUAUGACUCUUCAUUUAUAUAGUUACUUACUUUUUCAUGUAUAUCCAGGCUAUAAAUAUCCUUUCAAAUCAUGUUCUUAUACCUAAUUUUAGUCUUUCAAAUGAAUGUACUGUAAUGCUUGUAUGUAUAAAUCCUAUGAACAAAUAGAGGGCUUUUGUAAAUUAUGCAUUUAUUGUAAUUAUCAUUAAUUUUUUAAUGAUAAACCAUGACAAAGGAUUUUACUACGUUUAUAAAAUUAUGACAGAAGCAAUGUGCAUUAUCCUUUACAGACGCAGCCUAGCUCUACAGCAAUCAUUCUGAAAUAAGCAUACCUAGUUUCAAGCAAUUGUUGUAUUUUAAUGACUGACCUUAACUAUACUUUUUCUAGCAAGAAAUUCUUUAUUCUGCAGCAUGAACAGAUUUAAAACAGCUGGUGUUAAAUAUCAGCUCCUAAUAAAAUGUGGACUGAAAAGACUAUCACAACACUAUGAGAAGCCCCUAGCACUGGUUAACGCUUUCCUAGCUUAGUCUCUGGAUUUGGGGAGCUUGUCUUCAGUGGUUGACUGAGACCGUGAGCUGGGAGCAGUUCUCUCAGCUGGAGAGACUCGGGAUGGGGUAACCUGGGGACCAGCCUAGCCCCUGCACCCUCUUCCCUGCCUCUGCUCCUUGGGAGCGGGUGGAAAGACACCCAUGUGGCUCCCCAUAGGGCCAGCCACUGAGCACCACGCUCUCAUCCUGCAGUCGGCGCACACGGCGGAUGAAGGCAGGAGACCCAGAAAGCAGUGCAGUGCAGCUCUAAUAAAGGCCUUAUUUUUCUUAUUUUUCAUCUUUUUACAUUUGUUUGUAAACAUGUUUAAAGAACGAACCUAGUGGGACAUUUUUAGACUUUGAUGCUCUAGCCAUUUUGGACUGUGUAAGUUGCAAAUGUGGCUUCUACUUUUUAAAUGGCAUAUUAAAAAGCCAGCAAAGUGUGUCAGACCAUGGCGUGGUAUUUAUUGUGCAGCAGAUACAGAGGUAGAGGCAGCCUGUCUUUUCACAGUUGGUUUCUGCUUUUAAUUUACUUGUACAAUUCAUUGUUACUGUUCUGUUUUUCUAUUAAUCUUUUGUGAACUUCCUGAUUAUGUAACAAAGUAUGUACAGUCUACUUUUGAACUAUUUUUAUCACAGUAUUAUUUAUUGCUUUCUUUCAAUAAAGUACUGAAGCAUUUUCCACUGCCAA